AUGAAUAAAUAUGAAGUCUUAGGAGUAGUGGGAGAAGGUGCUUAUGGAGUAGUAUUGAAAUGUAAAAACAAGGAAACAAAUGAGAUAGUGGCAAUAAAGAAAUUUAAGGAAACAGAAGAUAAUGAGAUUGUUAAGAAGAGCAUUUAAAGAGAAGUAAAGGUGUUGAGACUAUUGAGACAUCUCAAUAUUGUAGAAUUAAAGGAGGCAUUUAAGAGGAAGGGAAGAAUUUAUUUAGUGUUUGAGUAUGUGGAGAGAAACCUACUCGAAGUAUUGGAGGCAUCGCCUUCUGGUUUAGAACCUUUGUAUAUAAAAAAAACUAUCUUUUAACUUCUGAAAGCCAUCUAUUGUUGUCAUCAACAUGAUAUAGUCCAUAGAGACAUAAAACCAGAGAAUUUGCUUAUAAGUAAUGCGAGUGUGUUGAAGUUAUGUGAUUUUGGAUUUGCCAGAUCGUUGACAGCCUAAACAUAGGAUCUUACUGAUUAUGUAGCCACAAGAUGGUAUAGAGCACCAGAAUUAUUACUAAGUUAUUCCAAUUACGAUAAAGGAGUUGAUAUGUGGGCAAUCGGAUGCUUAUUGUGUGAAUUAACUGAUGGUAAUCCCUUAUUUCCUGGAGAGAACGAGAUGGAUCAACUAUAUUUAAUCUAAAAAAUGCUGGGACCCUUGACUCCUAGUCAAUAAGAAACAUUUUCUAAAAACCCUAGAUUUUUGGGUAUGAAAUUUCCAGAAAUCUCAAAACCAGAAACCUUGGAAUAAAGAUAUUUAUGUAAACUACCUAAAAGAGCAAUCAACUUUGUAAAGGGGUUGUUAAAGAUGGAACCAUCCGAGCGAUUAACUUGUAGACAAGCCUUAAAACAUUAGUAUUUCGAAGAUUUGCCAGAGGCGAUGGAAUUCAUGAAAGAAUUGGAUUUGUAAAUAGAGUAAGAGAAGAGACAAGUAAGUGCUGGAGUUAAUAGAACAGCACAAUCACCAACCAGUUAGUAGAAUGUGAUAAGAACCAAAACUUCUUUUAAAGUACCUAAUUAUUUGGGACAGUAAUUAAAUAUGCAAAGUACAGCUUAUGCUUACAAUAUACAGUAAUAGGAUUAAGGAUAGUAGUAAUAGAAUUAGCAAUAAUAAUCAACCAUGAAGAAAACGCAGUCGAUUGACAAAUUGAUCCCAUAGUACAAAGAUACAAAAGUAGGGUUUGUUUCAGAUACAAAUAAAAUUAAAAUUUCAGGUUCUUAAUUUAGUCAAUAGCAAUUUGCUAUAGCCAAACAACCCUAAUCAAUUAAGAUUUAAAAUUUGAAUAUCAUUUACAAUUCAAACACUUUUAACUCUUCUCAAAAAAAGGGAGGUGCUUAAACUAAAAAAUGAAUAUUAUUUAAUUUUUGAGAUUAGGAUAAUUUAAUUAAAA